GACCACAGGAGGGCACUAUUUUCAGACUGUCACCUCUGAUUAAAGCUCAAACGUUCUCUAUUUGAAUAAAAGCAAAAAUGUGAAACUAGAGCACAGUUUGAGCCUGUUUCACGGUUCCUCUGACAGACGAUGGCCGGAGAGUGCGACGUGGCGUCUGAGAUCGAGGUGCUGCAGUCCAUUUAUCUGGAUGAGCUACUGGUUGAGCGGACAGAUGAUGGAGGUUGGGAAGUGCGUUUGGUGCUUCACCCAUCCACAGCUCAGGACUCUGUGUCUCAGUUUGUUCGCCUCACGCUCACACUGACUCUGGACCAAAAGUACCCAUUGUCCUCUCCCUCCAUCUCCAUUCACAAUCCCAGAGGCCUCUCAGAUGAUAAAAUUAAGAGUGUUCAGCAGUGUCUCCAGGCCGAGGCUGUAGCCAGUGUGGGCUCCCCUGUUCUGUACCAGCUCAUAGAGAAAGCUAAAGAAAUCCUGACUGAGAGCAACAUUCCUCAUGGAAACUGUGUUAUCUGUCUUUACGACUUUAAGGAGGGGGAGACUCUGACCAAAACGCGCUGUUAUCACUAUUUCCACUCUCACUGUUUGGGGCGAUACGUGCAGCACUCGGAGCACGAGCUGGAGCAGAGACAGAGAGAGCUGCAAGAGGACAAGACCCGUGACAACAGUCACAAACAGGAGCUGAAUGUGGUGUGUCCCGUUUGUAGAGAGCCUUUAAACUACGACGUGUCCCAGCUGCUGUCCUGCCCCGCCCCCCUGCUGCCUGAGGUGGACGAGGCAGUGAUAACCUCACAGUUUAAUCUGAAAUGGAGUGAGCUACAGAAGAUCCUAGAAAAACAGAAAACAAAUGGAGGAAUUAUUGACCCCGAGGAGGAGUCCAAGCGCUUCCUCAUCCAUAUACAGGCUCCCGCUGCAUCAGAAAACCCAGACGUGGAUCCUUCUUUGGACUUACCCUCUCCCCCAAACACCGACCCCAUCGCAGGAACUGACCCGGGCCUUACCAGCAUGUACCAGUGCAGAGACCCCCAUAACCCCCGGAGACACGCCCAUGGGAGGGAUUCACGACGUGGGGACAGGCAGCGACCCAUCACAGACCAGCUGGACUGUCUCUCCCUCUGCUCCAAUGACACAAAACAGGGCAAACAAACAGCGAAUACACGACUAUUAAGGGAAGACUACAAAAACCCAACUCCCCCAGAUGCUUUAAUGGAAGCCCCCAAAAAUGAGCCGGAAAGAGGGCACCGUGGCAGGAGAAGGGGGCCCCAACACCAUCACCACCACCACCACCACCCAGCUCCAAUGAGGCAUCACUGGGAGGGAAGAGGGUCGAUCGGCAGAGGAGGACACCCACAUCCCCAGUGCCACAGAGGGGGAAAGAGCCAGAGGAGAGGCCCCCCGAACAGGCCCGUGGACAGGGAGAGAACCAGGGAGGAGGUGCUAUGACAAAGGGCAAAAGGCUGCGACUGUGGCUCUCUACAAACAAGUGUGAAAUACUCUAACAGCAGACAGUGGUGGGUGUACAGCAGUGAGUGGUGGAUGUUGUCUAUCUGCUCCAUUCUAAGUACUUUUGCGCAAAGAAACAGGUGCUGCUUGUGCUCUUGGAUGUUGUGCCAUAUGAAACUAAUUAAUUACUUAUUAAAUUUUAUUCAAUGUCA